AAAAACUUCAGCAUCCCCCUCAGAAAAUUAUUUAACAGCAGGAAAGAAAUCUUGAAGGCGGUAAAAUGGGAGAAAUGCCGGAGCAAAAGAAGUUUUCUGAAGUUAUUGCUCAGAUAUUAGAAGAGGCGCCAGCUGCGAGGAAGGGUCUCGUUGAUAAUCACAGUAACCUCCUCAAAGUGGCGGAUUACUGCGAGAAAAACUACGUUCAGGUGAGUGAUAAACGGCACAAUGCCUCAGUAACAUCCAGAUUAAAGCGGGAUUACUGAAUUUUUACUCCUUUUUAGGAUUGUUCUGGACUUAUUUUGUUCUGGGAAAAUAUGUUUUUACUCAACUUAAAUAUUUUAUUCCAGCCCUGGUCGUUGCUGAGUGCAAGCAAGUGCAUGUUUUGAGGUACUGGGCUCAACUUGAGUAUUUAUGUAGGUUUUACUUCCACUCCUAAUAUGUCUCAGAGGAAUAUUAAACUGUUAAGCCUGCUCUUACUUAUUUGACAAACUUACAAGGUCAAAAUUUGUAAAUGUUAGACUCUUUGUAAUGCACUAUGUUUGAUUUUAUCAGUAGCCGCCCAGUAAUAACAGAAUAAGUCUUGAAUAUGAUUACAACUUUAGUGGUAAUUUUGCAGAAAAAAAGAUGUUUUGACUUUUUUCAUCUGAACUUCUUCCUGUGUAAGAUCACAAUGUCAGACGAUAACUAUCAUACUGUGAUUACUUUUCCUCACAGAAGAUCUACUUCAUCUUAACUCAUUUCAUUUUAAAACAUUUCACUGAUAAUGUGAAAAAAAAUCUUGCAGGCAGAUGAUCCCAGCAAAGCCAUGGAGGAGGCCAAAGCUUUAGCUGCUCAGUCCCUGGCCAGUGUCUCGUAUCAGAUCAACAGUCUGGCCUCGACCGUGCUGAGGCUGCUGGACUCUCAGGCCAUGCAGGUCAAAGAUAUGGAGUCCUCCAUCAACCUACUGUCACUGGUGAGGAAUACCUCUUAUCUGAGGUACACCUGAGUUCAUCCCAAGAAUGCUACAUGGCCUUUGCAUGGCUUGUGAAAAAAAUCCAAGGCAUCUUCAAUGGAGAGUUAAACAGUUUUUAAUAUUUUGGAUUUAAGAAACUGAAUAAGAAAGCAACCAAAACAAAAUCAGGGUCCUUCUCUGAAAUAACUCGAUUGAUUUAACCUUUAGUGCUGGAGGCUACUAGGGAAAAUAUUUGUGCUUUCCUAUAUGUUCAAACGAAAUUUGAAGUAUGAGAAGGACUGCUUUUGUUUUUUUUUGUUUUGUUUUUUACAGUACAUCCUGAGUUCUAUAUUUGUAAACCGAGAAGUGUGCAAGUUCCAGUGUUUUUUUUCUUCACCUGUUGUGCCAUUGACCUGCAGUCAGUGUUGUUGCCAGGCUCCAUGUGUUGAACUGUUUCAUCUUUGUUGCUCGUGAGAUCAAAUGAGGUGCGAAUGGAUUUCUUUUGCUCUGAUCCAGGCUGCAGCAAUCCACUUUGAGAAGGUUGCCAGGAGAGAAAUUGGUGUUUUUACUACUCCAAAAACCAAAAGUCGUUCCAAACUUUUGACCCCACCGACUACAGGCAAGGAGCCUGAGAGAAAAUACGCACGAGUGCCGAUUUCAUACUCCAUCUUGGACUCCGUAGGACAUUGUUUUCAGGUAAAACAGUCAUGAUUCCCUUUGGAUUUAAGUGGCACAACAACAUCCAUCUACCUUCUCCCCAGUGGUGAAGUUAGUGUUAAGGAUGAUGUAGAAAAAGCCUGAAUGUAGUUGAAAAAUGUGUUAUGCUAUCCUUUUCUGUAAUCUCCAUUUGUUUUAUCCUCAGGUCGCUGAGCAGGCACCAAGACAAAGAGCAGACACUGCAGAGAGUAUCUACAGCACUGCAGACUUCUCUGUGUAUGUAGACAAGCUCCCUUUUUACCAUUAUUACAGCAGAACUAGUAUUUUAAUGAAACCUACAGGCUUACAUAUAAACUAAACAGCUGCUGUAUUUCUCUGAUGAUAUAUAUGCAGUUUGAUGAUCAAGGUUUUCCUCAAAAACCUUGAUCAUCAAAUCAAAUGUCAUGUCCUGAGCUGGUGAGUGUGCACCUGCUCACAGGAUGGAAAAAUAGACUGUAGUGAAACUAAAAGUGGUGAUCCAACUUCUUCUGAAGAUAAGACAUGAAAAAUACAGGCUCUGAAAAAUUCCCACAGCAUAAAAGCAGAAAAUAAACCCCUGAAGUUUCACCGAGUUUAAUUGUUUAUUUGGUACUACAAAACCCAAUUCCAUUGAAGUUUAGAAAUUGUGAUUAACAUAAAUAAAAACAGAAUACAAUGAUUUUCAAAUCCUUUUCAACCUAUAUUCAAUUGAAUACACUACAAAGACAAGAUAUUUAAUGUUCAAACUCAAAUAUAUAUAUAUAUAUAUAUUUUUUGCAAAUAAUUAACUCAGAAUUUCAUGGCUGCAACACGUGCCAAAGAAGUUGGGAAAGGUGGCAAAAAAUUCUGAGAAAUUUGAGGAAUGCUCAUCAAACACCUAUUUGGAACAUCCCACAGGUGAGCAGGCUAAUUGGGAACAGGUGGGUGCCAUGAUUGGGUAUAAAAGCUGCUUCCCCCAAAAUUAUCAGUCAUUCACAAGCAAGAAUGGUGCGAGGUUCACCACUUUGUGAACAACUGCGUGAGCAAAUAGUCGAACAGUUUCUCAACGUUUCUCAAAGUACAAUUGCAAGGAAUUUAGGGGAUUUCAAAAUCUACGGUCCAUAAUAUCAUCAAAAGGUUCAGAGAAUCUGGAGAAAUCACUGCACAUAAGCGGCACGGCUGGAAACCAACAUUAAAUGCCCGAGACCUUCGAUCCCUCAGGCGGCACUGUAUAAAAAACACUAACAUCAAUGUGUAAAGCAUAUCACCACAUGGGCUCAGGAACACUUCAGAAAACCACUGUCAGUAAAUACAGUUCGUCGCUACAUCUGUAAGUACAAGUUAAAACUCUGCUAUGCAAAGCGAAAGCCAUUUAUCAACAACAUCCAGAAACGCCGCCAGCUUCUCUGGGCCCAAGCUCAUCUAAGUUGGACUGAUGCAAAGUGGAAAAGUGUUCUGUGGUCUGACGAGUCCACAUUUCAAUUUGUUUUUGGAAAUAGUGGACGUCGUGUCCUCCGGGCCAAAGAGGAAAAGAACCAUCCGGACUGUUAUUGACGCAAAGUUCAAAAGUCAGCAUCUGUGAUGGUAUGGGGGUGCAUUAGUGCCCAAGACAUGGGUAACUUACUCAUCUGUGAAGGCAACAUUAAUGCUGAAAUGUACAUACAGGUUUUGAAGGAACAUAUGCUGCCAUCUAAGCAACGUCUUUUUCAUGGACACCCCUGCUUGUUUCAGCAACACAAUGCCAAGCCACAUUCUGCAUGUGUUACAACAGCGUGGCUUCGUAGUAAAAGAGUGCGGGUACUCGACUGACCUGCCUGCAGUCCAGACCUGUCGCCCACUGAAAAUGUGUGGCACAUAAUGAAGCAUAAAAUACGACAACGGAGACCCCGGACUGUUGAACAACUGAAGCUGUACAUCAAGCAAGAAUGGGAAAGAAUUCCACCUUCAAAGCUUCAACAAUUAGUCUCCUCAGUUCCCAAACAUUUAUUGAGUGUUGUUAAAAGGAAAGGUGAUGUAACGCAGUGGUAAACAUGCCCCUGUCCCAACUACUUUGGCACAAGUUGCAGCCAUGAAAUUCUGACUUGUUAUUUGCAAAACAAAAAAGGAGGUUUAUGAGUUUGAACAUUAAAUAUCUUGUCUUUGUAGUGUAUUCAAUUGAAUAUAGGUUGAAAAGGAUUUGCAAAUCAUUGUAUUCUGUUUUUAUUUACGUUUAUCACAAUUUCCCCUCCUCAGUGGAAUUGGGUUUUGUACAUAACAGUUGCUUUAACUUUAAAUACAUUUUUAAAUAUUUAAAAAAUAAUGAUGAAUUAGCUCAAACGUUCAAAUCAGUUGGAUGUGUUUUUUGAUAAGUAGUAUUUCAAAGUUAUUUCCCACCUCUUUGUAGCUAAAACGAUAGCGACCUCAUGUUAGCUUGCUGGCUUGGUUUAGCAUACAAACUGAAAAAACACAUCUCAUAGCUAACAUGGCUUUGUCAAAUGAUUUUAAAAAACUUUUUCACUUAAGUGCAUUUGUUUGGAACAAAACAUGCAGACUCUUUGAAGUGGACAAAAUCACGAACAAAUUGAUCUUUUUCAUUCUGUUUCAGUAAGUAGAGUUAAACUAGUGAGUUCAUUUUUUUAUUUCAGUGAUUUCAUUUUUAUUUGAUUCAGAUCCAGUUUGGGCAUUGCUGUACCUCCCCCAUCAGUCCCCACCCUGCAGACUGUCUCCCCCACAAACGACAACCUCCCUCCUCCACCUCCUGCUGACUCUGACCCCAACAUGUCCUUUCCUUCUCCCCCGCCACCUCCGCCUCCAUCCACUAUGGGCACCGGCUUCCCACCUCCACCCUCCAUGGCCUCACCCACGUGUCUCCCUCCCCCUCCUCCUCCACAGCCUAUCUCUCCUUCAAACGGCAUGUACCCACCUCCACCUCCACCUGCAGCAGGAGGUGCUGCAUCUCCUCCUCCACCUCCUGCUCCUCCACCUCCUCCUGGAGCAGGGGGUGCUGGUCUCCCUCCACCACCUCCACCCCCUCCUGGGGGUGGAGGUUUUGAUCUUCCACCUCCUCCGCCUCCACCCCCUCAGAUGGGCUCCUCUGGUGCUGUGCCACCUGCCCCUCCACCUCCAUUUUAG